ACGAUUCGCUUCAUGCACAACUAAAAUGAACGAACUUGGCUACAUAGAUACUAGUGUUAAAACGAAAGUAGGACCGUUCGAUAAAAAGACCAUGCCGAAGAAAAAGAAAACGCAUUUAUCAGAAAAUAAACAGGCUACUCAGGUUCGGGUACAUGAAGAUUUAGAAGCGAACGAGAAAGACGACAUUCCAGAUGCAGAAACCGUGAGAAAAAUGAAAGAAAAAUUGAUUAAUGAAAAACCCGAGUUGAGACAGGUGUUUCAAUAUAUGGAUAAGAUGUCUGAAGACAGAUUGAAGCAUGCACAAGACUCUUCUUUUGUUCUUAAAAAUGAGAGAGGAUUUGUUACACCGGAACUUCUAUUACAAUAUCCGAACUCGCCUACAGCCAAGUAUACAAUGAAGCACUGAACCAUUACAUGUAUGCAUUUAGCAUAUUAUGGAGUUACUCUAAACCAAGA